AUGGCAAAGGCAAACUUCCCAAGGGGGCUCCCCAAGCACAAUAGAAUCAAGGCAGACUCAAUCCCCAAGGAGGCAAAGGCAGUGAACACUAGUUUUUCUGGACAUUGCGGUCCACAUGGCAAAGGCAAAUGCAACUUCCCCAGUGGCGACCCAAGCACAAUAGAAUCAAGCAGACUGAGGACUCCCAACCAAGGACAGCCAACCCGAGGAACAGGAACCCCAUUCAAGGACAGGCACAAAGACAGUUCAGGGACACCAAACCCAGGAUAG